AUGACAUUCGUAGCCGUACUGCAUGAUGCAAUGCCAUUGCCACCACCACCGCGCUACCAUCUUCUUCCCUCCCGUCCCAAACCCUAAAACCCUUCUUCACCUGCGGCGGCCCGACCCGUCCCGCUAUCGCCCUCUCCGCUCCUACCUCCGCGCUGCCCUCGACCCCAGUUGCCCUCGGAACUUCAGUCCCGACAGCGCUUCCGACCUCUCCCGCCGCCAGAACGCCCUUGUUGUCUUCCCCGAAGACGCAGGAACUCCAAUUGGCCACGGCGGGCGACGGGAAGAACACGAAGAUGAAAUCACGCGGAAGAAGGUUAUCGAAGAGUAUUCUCUCGUCACGCGGAGGGUCCCCCGAUUCCCUGGCUCCAUCGACUUCGCCCGGGCAGAGAGUCCUGACCCUCCGCCCGCUGUCCUCAGGCGCUUGCUCCUCGACAGCGAUGAUUUGGCUCUCAAACGCGCCCUCGAGGUCCGUCGAGGGGUUGCCUCGGAGACGCUGAAGGACGCCCUAAGAGCUGGAAGGCUCAGAAUCAACUACUCCGCUAAGAUUGUCUCGUCGCUGCCUGAAUUUAUAGACCGGGUCGUGAUUGGAGCUGCAGCCUUGAAACUGAUGCCGGAGUUCGCCCACUUGUCAUUCAAUGCUCGUGCUAAGAGCUACAUUCAGAGCUCUGGAGUCGUUGCACUUGUCAAGUGGUUGAAACACAAUCACAUGACAUUCCCCAAAAUUGGGAAAAUAAUUUGCAAGUGUUCUGGUGAUCUCCAGUUGGUGAGGCGAGUAUGUGCAUGGUUGAAGUCAAUUCACGUGAAGGGGGAAUCUCUGGGAUUUGUGCUUCUGAAGGCAAGUUGCAUUUUGGAGCGCAGUUUGGAUGAACUGAAGGAGAUUGUAAGUUAUCUAGAGAGUAACGGAGUGAGAAAGGAUUGGAUGGGCUUUGUUGUUAGUCGUUGCCCCCAGAUUUUGAGUUUAAGCAUGGAGGAGUUGGAGUUGAGAGCUAAAUUUUAUUUGCACAUGGGGAUGAAUGAGAAUGACUUUGGUACAAUGGUCUAUGAUUAUCCCAGGGCUCUUGGAUAUUUCAGUUUAGAAGAUAUGGCUAGUAAGGUUCAGUAUCUCAAGGAAUUUGGCUUAACCACAGAGGAAGUUGGGCGAUUGUUAGCUUUCAAGCCUCACUUAAUGGGUUGCAGCAUUGAGGAAAGGUGGAAACCCCUCGUGAAGUAUUUGUAUUACCUUGGUGUUCAACGUGAUGGGAUGAAGAGAGUACUGAUGGUUAAACCAAUUGUUUUUUGUAUUGAUCUGGAGACAACUAUUGCUCCCAAGGUACGAUUCCUACAGGAUAUUGGAGUCAGAAAUGAAGCUAUUGGUGGUGUUCUAGUGAGAUUUCCUUCCUUCCUGACAUAUAGCCUGUACAAGAAAAUACGGCCAGUGGUCAUAUUUUUAAUGACUAAAGCUGGAGUCACUCAGGGGGACAUCGGAAAGGUCAUUGCUUUGGAUCCACAACUAGUUGGCUGCAGUAUCACAAAGAAACUAGAUGGCAAUGUUAAGUACUUCCUAUCAUUGGGUAUACGUCUCCCAACACUAGGAGAGAUGAUUGCUAACUUCCCAAUGUUGCUUCGAUACAAUAUUGAUUCACUCCGCCCCAAGUACAGAUACCUCAGAAGAGUCAUGGUCCGGCCACUUAAGGAUCUUAUCGAAUUCCCUAGGUUUUUUAGUUAUUCUCUGGACGAUAGGAUAAUUCCACGGUAUGAGAUAAUGGUUGCCAAUAGGGUAAAUUUCAAGCUGCGAUACAUGUUAGUAGGCUCUGAUGAAGAGUUCAACAAGAGGGUGCAGGAUGCUGUUGAGAGAAGAAAAAGGUUCGAAACUGGCUAUGCAAGCGCAAGUACUUCCGAUGAUGAAGAAAGCAUUAUGGUCCCUGUUUCUUCAAGUUAAAGAAAAAACAAACAAAACAAAAAGAAGCCCCAUCAGCAUUUGACCUAAGUUGGUGAGACUCUCUGCCCCUUUCUUUAUGUAUACAUCACCUUACAUUCAGUUUAAUAUAUUGUUGUCCAGUGUAUACAUUAAUACAUUUUUGUUUAGAAAGGAGAUUAUAUUACUUCAGGUUUGGUAUGCACACACCUGCUAAUGUACAUGUCCUUAAAAGUUUGUUGCAAAAACAUAUUGUAGUUGUAGUUCU